CAAUCCCAAUCUUCGAACGCUCCGCUUCUCUCUCUCUCUCUCUCUCUCUCACUAUUUAAUACUCUUUCUCUCUCUAAAAGUCUCUCAAUUCCGUUUAGGAAACGCAGAAAAAUGUACUUACGCCGUUUCCCUUCACUGCUUAUUCCGCCAUUACAAUUGCUUCGCCAAAAGCCCUUAUUCCUAUCCAUCAGCCCUUAAAAAUUCACAGAAAUCCCUAGUUUUUCCAUUCCUUCAUAGCUUGUUUUGCCCUACCUUCACCCCCAGUUGCUGUACAUUUUCGUGAUAAUUUUGGAGAAAUCCUUUGCAAAGAUGGCGACUUCUGCCUUCAAAUCUACUUCAAGGAGAUCUCAAAUAUUCACGCCUGAAAAAUCAUCGCCUUCUGCAAAAACCACCGAGGAUGCAAGCUCUUCAAAUCGCCCUGGUUUUCACAGGCGCUCGAGGAGCUUGAGUCGGUUUCCCGGUAGAUAUUCCGGCGAGCUGCAGGAAUCCAAAGGAAGGAGGUUUGUGAACACAGAGAGGGGCUCAGAUUUUGCGGCCAUAAGCUUGGAGGACAUUGCGGCUGAGCUUUUUAGGGCAGAUGAGGGUUUAGAAAGAGGAGAUAGAGAGGAGAUUGGAGGUGGGUUCGUUAGGGGAAGUAGGGGUUUGGAGAGAGGAGAGAGAGGGGAUUUUGUGGGUUUAGACAGAGACGAGAGAGGGGGAAUUGGAAUUGUAGAGACAGUAGAGAAAAAGGAAAGCGUUGGUUUUGAGCGAGGAGAGAGAAAGGGGAUUGGGGGUUUAGAGAGAGGAGGGAGAGAUGGUUCAAGGGGCAGGGUAAGUAGGCGGGCCCCAAGUAUGGGGCCUGCCGAGAGGCGGGGCCGUUCCGUGUCGAGGCAUGUGGAGCCCACUGUUAACCCUAAGGGCAAUGGUGAUGGAGUGGGGAGGCGGCUUCGCUCUGUGUCUGUCGCUCGAUACCAAUAUAGUGAUUCAGAGACUGAUAAGGACCAUAUCAAUUGUCUUAAUCGUCUUAAAUCAAACAACUUGGCUAGUGGUGAUGCUCACAGGGCCUCUCUACACAUGCUGAAACCUAACGGUACUCUUCCCAGCGAUCAAAGGGGACUGAGAAGAUCUAUGAGUCAGAAAGAUUUAUUACAGUCUCAUGAUGACUACUCGAGCUACUCUUCUGCACUAACUGACGAUGAGGGGCCAGAUGUUCGUUGUAGCAGAAAUGGAAGCGAGAAGACAAUUCGGGCAGUUUAUGCUCAAAAAAAGACUGAACAUCCUACGGGAGAUGAAGUUGGGACCGGCUUAUAUGAAGCAAUGCGGAAAGAAGUUAGAAAUGUUGUUGCACAAAUCAGGACAGAGCUUGAACAAGUCAUGUCGAAGACAAAUGGCAAUGGCUUGCAGUCUAAAACUACUGAUAUUUCCCAGGCAAUAACUUUGAUCAGGAAGAAUUACACUACGAAACUGGAAGAGUCAGAGAAGCGUACAAAAGAUCUGCUUGCUGAGUUGGCUGUGGAGGAACGGCGUGGCAGAGAGCUUUCAAAGGUUGUUCGUGGCCUGCUUCCUGAUUAUUCAAAGCAGUCGGAGCCAGAAAAGCCAGCAAGAACAAGAAAGCGAAGCAUGGAUCGAAAUAAGAUGUCGAAGCGUCUAACAGAGGAGGCAGAGAAAUAUUUCGAGGGAUUUUUGUCAAAUGUUGAAGACACUGAAUUCUCGUCUUUUGAUGAUGAAAAGAGCGAUGGAACCUUAUCAGGAAACCCGAGGCCAAGAGACUUGGUUUUAGAUACUAAAAAUGGGGACUACCAAGACCAUACCGUUUCUCCUCUAGAAACAGAUGGAGUGGUUCUUCCAUGGUUGCAGUGGGAAACGAGCAAUGACGGGUCUUCACUUUUCAGGGAUAAGAUGGAGAUACCACCUUCUUCAAGGAAAAAUGUGUCUGAUGUAGCUCAGGAAUGGAGCCCGUGCAUUGAGUCUGCGGAUAGCAAGAGCAAUAUGCUCAGUAGCUGCCAUGGGAGCUGGAGCCCAGGCAGUGACACCCAUGACUGGAGCACCAAAUCCCUUACAAGCAAUAGCCAUGUCAAUAAUUUGGAAUCUGGUACUCCAGAAAAUUACCAGAAAUUUAGUGUCGAGAGAGGAAAACUGAAGAAGGCAUUUGAAUUGGAUGAGUAUUUACACCACCGUCAGGGUGAAGAUUUGCUCAUGGACAGAUUGAGGUAUAGGCAAAGAAUACAAUCAGGUGCUCUCAUUAUCUGUUGUAACUCAUUUAUCUAAUAUUCUGUCACAAAUUUUUUUCUUGUUUCUGGAGGGCCUGAUUGGAACUGUACAUCAUAAUCGUUGGAAAUGGUUGAAUGUUGUUAUCAACGAAAAAGUUCUAAUCAGCAUAUUAAUACAAAGGUUACUAUCAUUCUUAUUCA